AUGCCUUACGUGAGCGAUGCACCAAAAUGCCACGACGUUGUUGAAGGACCAAAUGCGAUCGCCCUACCCCCUCGCUGUGGAUCAUCAACUCGUCGUGGGCCCAAUACAUCCCUCAAAAAACAGAAAAAGAAAACAUAUGGGUUGACGUCAACCGGCAAAGAAGCACCGCUUCUUCUCAUAGCAGUUGCCGGAAUUCCAAAAGAACGGUGUCGAAAGUCUUCUCAGCGGAGUCGCUGCUAUGCUUUUGACGAACUUGUUGUUGAUUGGGAUUCUCAUUCAGUAGUGGAAUGUUCACUCAAACAAUCCAAUCGAAGUUUUGUAGUACUUUUCUUCCAAUCUGUAAUCUCAGGAGUCGUAAUUAAUAAUCUGACAUCGUAUCAUGGUGUAACCUUACAGCUAUGGGACAUCCGAGACGGUAUGUGCAAGCAAACAUUCCCUGGUCACGAAUCGGAUAUCAAUGCUGUUGCUUUUUUCCCUUCUGGUUAUGCUUUUGCCACUGGAUCAGAUGAUGCCACUUGCCGUCUCUUCGAUAUUCGUGCAGAUCAGGAAUUGGCCAUGUAUUCUCACGAUAACAUUAUUUGCGGUAUUACUAGCGUAGCUUUCUCAAAAUCUGGUCGGCUGUUAUUCGCUGGAUAUGACGAUUUUAACUGUAAUGUCUGGGAUUCAAUGAGGCAAGAACGAGCAGGUAAGACGUUUCGCACUUAUUGCGCCCGUCAUUAUUAG